CAGUCUGAGUGUGAUCGGAGUUAGUUGCUGUAGUUCUUUGUGGUGAUGGCAGACAGCUCCAUUAAGAUCAGUGAAAUUUUGAUUGAGGCAACAGGUAGUUAAUGAGUAACUGAGGCGAGGUGCAGCCUUUAGCAAGCAUUUGUUCAGCUCAGACUGUGUGAGUCAUAGGAGUUACAGAAGAAGCACCCUGAAGGUCCCAGCUUGGGAUCAUCAUACAGGCCGGACAGUCGCUGGAGGUUUUUCUUAAGAAUUUGUUUAUAUGAAGCUGAGUUUGGUCGGUUGGGAUUAAAACAGAGAGCUACCAUGGCUGAAACCAACCCUCAGCAGCCCGCCACGGGCUCCUCCGGCACGUUCGACCAGGUGCAGAGUCAGGUCAACGAAGUUAAAGUUAUACUCAAAGACAACAUCAACAAAGUGCUGGAGAGGGGCGACAAAAUAGAUGACCUCAUCGGCAAGACGGACGACCUCCAAGCAUCUGCGGACUCCUUCCAACGAACGUCCACACGGGUGGCCCGGAAAUACUGGUGGAAGAACAUUAAAAUGAUGAUCAUAAUCGGUGUAAUUGUGCUGAUUAUCCUGAUUCUCAUAAUCCUCGCCGCCACCGGCGUCAUUUAACCCCCCCCCCCCCCCCCCACCCCCACCUCACCUCUGAAGCUGAUGCAAUCACCGGACAAUAAUUUGCACACAUGAACGUGUUUUUAUAUAUGUAUAUGUACUUCAAAAUCUGCAUGUAAACACGGUUAUUGGUUAAGCUCUCCGUGAUGACGCCUGAUGAUGUGAAGCUAAAAAUCCCAGAUGCAGAGAUUAAACGACUGCAGACAUCAGACCGAAAACACUCCACACGCAAAAAAAAAUCACUUAAUUCCUGUUUAACAAACACAGACGAGAGCUAUUUUUGUUGUUUUUAUUUCGAUCAUUUCAAUGUCCAAUACAUCACGUGUAUAUAAUGUAUGUUUUUGCAUGUCUAACUCUGUGAGAAUAUUUGUAUUAUAUAACUGAUGAACACCAUAAAGUAGGUAAACUGUGA